CCUCCAGGUACAGAUCUGAGAAUGCUUUGUCUGCCUCCUCCUACCCGUACCGUCACCCCCCUCCUCAACCCCCAAAACCACCACUCACAUGUCAAAACACUUUGACAUCAUCAGGUCAGAUCCCCCUGAGGUGCGCACACGUCUUACCUCAUUUCCUGCCUCUGCAGCUUCCUGCUGCAGAUCAGUGAAAGCUGUGACGAGUGUGGGUGAGGCUGCGGUUUCUCGUCCCCUGACCCUGUUUGGGUGUGCAGAGAGUGUUGUGUCUGCAGCCGUGCUAUUGUUUCAGCAUGCAUGGUGCAGUUGGAUUCAGACACGUGUUUGUAUGUCGAUGCAUGGUGCUUUAGAAUAAAGUAUUACAACUUCUUCCUGGAAGUAUGACUGUCUGAUUCACGCUGUGCCUUUGCUACUAAUGCUGCAGAGGAUCUGCAGAGAUGCUGUUGGUUUCAACGUGAUCAGCAGAGGAAUCACAGUUUCUUCUGUGCAGGACGCCUGGGCCCAGUGGAUGGUGAUGGUGGAGUCAUCACCUCUGGAACAGCUGCAUGCAGUUCGGAACCACAGCCACUAAAAGUUGUCUGACUUUACUGGCAAAUCGCUGUCGUCAUUUCCUGUGCUGCCACACAGUUUCCAUGACAGCUGAGAAAGGCUAUAAAGGAUGUUCCUGACUCAUAGUCUGAUGGGAUGGAGUGUGUUGGCAGUGCUCAGCAUCAGUGUGCCUGUGUGGAGCUCUGUGAAGGUGACGCAGCCCUACAGAGUAGUGAGCACCAACGGAACAGCACAGAUCCACUGCAUCAUCCACUCCAGGACUGUCGCUUCCCACCUUCGACCCGGACAGCGUCUGGAGAAUCUCUUCUCCAACCUGGAAGACCUGCAGGUGGCUCUGCUUAGAGGUCUCCACGGCAACCAGAAAAUAUGCUCCUCCACCCUGAACACCUCAGAGCAUCAGAAGGAGAUGCAGCAGGAGAAAGAUGGAGAUGGACGGUGUGCGGUUCAGAUGAAAGAUGGCGCCGUGGUGGUGACACUAUCCGGACUGAAAGCCACACACACAGAUAUCUAUCGCUGCACCAUCCAGGUCUUCUACCCACCGCCCUACCAGCAGCUCACAGGCAACGGCACACUCCUUCACGUCCUGGAGGACUCGCCCUGCCCUGUCCGGGGGCCCCAGAGACAGCAGAGCGAGGAGGACGAGGGGGAGGAAGAGGAGAGUAACGAGAAAAAACCAGCAGUCAGUGUCGUUGUGGUAGUUCUUGUGAUAGCCAUCAUCUGUGUCCUCAUCAUCAUCAUCACUCUGCAGACUCUCCAGUGUGAGCGAGGCAGAAGGGAACCUAUCAGGAUGCCGUCGAACGUCUUGCUUCACAAAGUGGAUGCUGUACCAUUUUCAUGUGGGACCAUGGCGUAGGAAUCUCCCGACUGAUAGCGAUUAUUUCACUGUCUGUGCUUUUGUACUUCUCCGGUGCAAAACUAAUGUUUACGUUCUUGUAAACACACACAUUGUGUUAAAGCUGUGGCUUUGAUUCAGUUAAGUUUAUUUGACUUGAGUUGCUGAAGCACCUGUAUUGAGGUGAGAAGGCUAGUACCGCUAGUACUGUGUACAAACUGCUGAUGUGAGUAAAACCUCUUUGUUUACGCUGCUUAGUUGCAUUGUUCAGCAUCAUUAUGGCUUUCACCUUUAUUUGUGUGUGUUUAGUUUUUUCUGUAUAUGUUACAUAUUGAAUUAAAAUACAGUUCUGUGCCACAUAGCAAGAUGUUCUGAAGCCUCAUUUUCUAAAUGCAGUUUGGGGGGUUUUGCUUUACACUGAGAUAAAAAAAGAAUCCGGUUUGCAAUGUUGUUACAAAUGCUA